AUGGCUACCAGCCAGGCAUUCCUUGAUGGUGUCAAGGCGCGUCGCAGCAUUCACCAGAACACAGACAAGGAAAUCCUUGGCCAAGAUGAGCUGAUCACGCCAGUCUCUGACACCAUCAAGUACUCUCCAAGCGCAUUCAAUAGCCAGUCUUCGCGCGCCAUCAUCCUGCUGGGCAAAGCGCACAAGAACUACUGGAACGAGUUUGUCCCCCAAAACCUCGGCGAGAACCAGCUCAAGGCAGUCCAGAAGCGUCUUCCAUGGUUCGCUGCGGCGCAGGGAACAGUCAUUUUCUUUGAAGACAAGAAGGUCAUCGACGAAUACCGCGGCGGUGCUUCCGCAUUCUCUCACCUUUGGGACGAUUGGAGUAACCAAGCUAGCGGUAUGGCUCAAAUUAACCUCUGGACCGCCCUGGAGGCCGAAGGAUACGGCGUGAACCUGCAGCAUGUCGCCCCCAUGGCCGGCGAAGGGUUCAAGCCAAUGUUCAAUGCUGCCCUCAAGGUGCCCUCCGGCUGGAUCGUUCAAGCCGAGCUGGUCUUCGGAUACCCAGAUCAGAAAGACCUCAAAGUGAAGACGUUCAUCGAAGACAGCGAGCGUUUCAGGGUAGAUGGCGCCUAA